UACAAAGCAAUCAUGUUCACCAAAGUACUCUCUUUGAGCGCCGUGUUGGCGGUGGCCACAGCUGGACUCUUAGCUGAGCCUCACUACUCCUCGGCUGCUGCUGUCUCAUCACAAAGCAUUGUGCGUCACGAUCAGCCCCACACUGUGGCUGCUAAAAUCGUGGCUGCCGCUCCUGUAGCCUACCACGCUGCACCUGUUGCAUACCAUACUUCCCCCGUGGCCUACCAGUCUUCACCCGUGCACUACUCUUCCGCCGCCGCUGUAUCUUCACAAAGCAUUCAACGUCAUGAUCAACCUCAUGCCACCGUUGCCCACUACGCUGCCGCACCUGUGGCUCAUUACGCUGCCACACCCAUCGCCCACUACACUGCGGCUCCCGUUGCCUACCAUACUUCUCCCGUGGCCUACCAGUCUUCACCCGUGCACUACUCUUCCGCCGCUGCUGUAUCUUCACAAAGCAUUCAACGUCAUGAUCAACCUCAUGCCACCGUUGCCCACUACGCUGCCACACCUGUGGCUCAUUACGCUACCGCACCCGUCGCCCACUACGCUGCGGCUCCCGUUGCACAUUACGCUGCUGCCCCUGUUGCUCACUAUGCUGCUCCCGCACACAGAAUCGUAUCUGCUCAUGAGGAGGAAUACGCUCACCCCAAAUACGACUUCUCAUACUCCGUAGCUGAUGGUCACACCGGCGACAACAAGUCUCAACACGAAAGCCGCGACGGCGAUGCCGUGCACGGCGAGUACUCUCUGCUCGAAGCUGACGGCUCUGUGCGCACAGUUCACUACACUGCUGACGCACACAACGGUUUCAAUGCCGUGGUCAGCAACUCCGCCCCCGCUAAACACGCUGCUCUUGCACCAGCGCAAAGCAUUGUGCGUCACGACCAGCCCCACGCUGUAGCUGCUGCUCCUGUAGCUUACCACGCUGCACCCGUUGCAUACCACGCUGCACCUGUUGCAUACCAUACUUCUCCCGUGGCCUACCAGUCUUCACCCGUGCACUACUCUUCCGCCGCCGCUGUAUCUUCACAAAGCAUUCAACGUCAUGAUCAACCUCAUGCCACCGUUGCCCACUACGCUGCUGCACCCGUCGCCCACUACGCUGCGGCACCCGUUGCCCAUUACGCUGCUGCCCCCGUUGCUCACUAUGCUGCUCCCGCACACAGAAUCGUAUCUGCUCAUGAGGAGGAAUACGCUCACCCCAAAUAUGACUUCUCAUACUCCGUAGCUGAUGGUCACACCGGUGACAACAAGUCGCAACACGAGAGCCGCGACGGUGAUGCCGUGCACGGCGAGUACUCUCUGCUCGAAGCUGACGGCUCUGUGCGCACAGUUCAGUACACCGCUGAUGCACACAACGGUUUCAAUGCCGUGGUCAGCAACUCCGCCCCCGCUAAACACGCCGCUCUUGCUCCAGCGCAUAUCCUCGCACACCAUUGAUUUAGUCAUUAAUUAAUUAUUUAUUAUUUAUGUGUCGUUUCAAGUUACCAGUGAUUUUAAUAUAGCAAUGCCAAUUGAAUAUUUUGUUUAUUUAAAUAUGAAUUGACCCUUUUUACGCCUACAUUUAAAAAAAUUAUUAGCGACAAUUAUUCUUAAUCUUAUCG